GCACACGUGUCUGCGGGUAUUCCCGCAUGGAUGCGUGAUUAAAGAGUUAAAAACACAGUUCAAUUAGCGCACCGUCUUCUAGGUCCAGGCGCAGACAACUCCAACAUCUUCAGGAAUCAUGUUCAAUAUUCAAUUGUUACUGGCCUUGAUCACAUUGACGCCUUUUCUUCAGGCUCAGGAUGAUUCCCAUAUAGACCUCUAUUACAAGGCAAUAAGACUGGAACACUUUGUGACUACACUUAAGAAAGAAACUCGUGUCCCUGAUGUGAUGGUCAAAGCUUCCUACAUCUUUAUGGAUUUUUCAUCUUUUAAUAAAUACAGUCAGGUGUACAUUGACGAAAUUUUAGAACGAAACGAAAUAGAAGUCUCUUUGGACAACUUAACUAAGAGAAUACAAAACCAGUUCUAUAUUUUGACGACGCUUUCAGCAAAUCUGAACAAAAUUCUUGUUCGCAGAAGUCAAGACCUGAACUACGUAACGUUGGCAUCAACACUAAUGGCAUCAUCAGCAAUCCUUGACACCGUGAUGACCCUUGGCCUUUUAUUAGGUCACCUAGAAGACAAGAACGCGACAAUAUCCUACAGCCAGGAGAAUGGUUUCCUACAGGGCGAAAUGGUCGGCUCAGAUCCGUGUCGGGGGGAUAUGUGUGUCCCUUGUCUCGGUCUGCAGUGCAAGAAGCCAGAUAGCUAGACUGAUAAGUACGCGGAGGUCUAGAGUUCAAAUCUGUAUCAGAGAUUUAAUUUGGAUGGAAAUUAAAUGUUGGUCGUCUCAAUC